UUCGAACACCAUAACAAAACCUUCGUUCUCUCCUUUUGCUGGCAGGGAUCUCCAUAUCCUGCAAAACCCUAGCUCCUUUCCCUUUCUUUCAUAAUGGGCAGGCGAAAGGGAGGGAACAAAUCUCCUGCUUCAAUCAGCGAAAAAAGCGGUUAUAGCAAUGGCGGUAUCGGUGCUGACGCCACCCUUGGCGGCGUUGACAAUGAAGAAGUGGAUGUCGCGGAGGAGAGGACUGAAAGCUCCAAUCUUGUGGACUCGCCGGAGGUCGAAGCCCUUGUCGGUAGCGAUAAGACCAGCGCCGAUUACUACUUUGACUCCUACUCACAUUUCGGCAUUCAUGAAGAAAUGUUGAAAGAUGUUGUUCGAACAAAAACUUACCAAAAUGUUAUAUAUCAAAAUGCUUUCAUCUUCAAAAACAAAGUGGUACUUGAUGUUGGUGCGGGGACAGGGAUUUUAUCCCUUUUCUGUGCGAAAGCAGGAGCAAAGCAUGUGUAUGCGGUCAUCAAUUUGAGAGCCACCAAAUCAUCAAGGGACGCAUCCUUUGCAACAACAGCUGUCUUACCUUGGUCGUUUGCCAACCUCAAUUCCCUAUGAUUUUCACUUCUAGGUGGUUUACCAACUAUCCUGCUAUCUAUUACCGCCAAUAGGUAAGUUAUUGUAAAAAAUUUUUAUUUCCUAUUCUAGUAAAUAAAUGACCAUUAUUUAACAUGUGCCUCAAGCCAAUUAAUAUACAUCCAACAAACCAAACUUGUCAAUCAAAUUUUCAAAUAGGGAUCUAGUCAAUCCUAUGGCCACGAUGCCAGUAGUUUGAUUGGCAAAGAAAUAUAUAAAACAUAGAUCUCCAUUUUGAAAAUUUCCUUUAAUGAAGUGUCGAUCUAUCUACACAUGUUUUAUCCAUAAUGAUGGAUAUGAUUAUGUACUUAAAGCACUUUAUUGUAAUAAUAUAGUAUCAUGGAAGUCUUGACAAUCAUUUGAAGUUUUUUGAGGAGUAGCUUAAGCCAUAUUUAUUCAUUGAUCACGCUGGCCAAUGAUCUGAGUUCUGCUUCUGCACUACUUUCGGCCACAAUAAUUUAUUUUAUGCUACUCGAGGUUAUUAGAUUGUCCCACACGUAUAUUCAAUAUCUUGAAGUAGAUCUUUUGUGUAUUAUAGACCCACCACAAUACCAAAUUGAUGCAAAAAAGAAAAAAA